GUUUUGCUGUUUUGGCCAUUAUUUGGACAUGCUUUUAAUGACGUGGCAACCAAUUAUAUGACAUGGCAUCCAACAAACCAAUUAACUGACCUACGUCAUCCCGGCCGAAUAAAAAAAAAACUAACAACAAUAUUUUAAAAUAAAAUAAUUGUUGAAAAGAAUGAAAGGACUAAAAUGUCCUCUUUAAUUUGUUUAGGGAACAAGUUCCCCCCUAUUGAAGAUCUAGGGUUUGCAGAUGGGUUUGAAACCCAUAUGACAUCAGAAUGGGUGAGCUCCAAUCGAACAGCUCUGAUCCCUUUCUUUCGCAGCAUUUUUGAUCUUUCUGCCAUCGCUGGUUUUUUUGGGCACCUUCCUCAUGUGAUAUCCGGUGAUUCAUCUUGUUUCUCCUCGUUUUCUAAUUCUCUUCGCUCUAGCUUUAUACUCUUGCGAUCAGUUUCUCAUCGAUUUGAUGUCAUGUCACCGUCUAUUUGCUUGGGCCUCGACGAUCCUCCUGUAUGGAUGGCGCCUUCGUUCAGCGAACCAUGUAACCGCCAAGCUUCGGCCCGCGUGUUCUGCUCUUCCCGACCCCCCUGCAGCCGAACAAAGAGAACCCAGCAACUGACAGCCCUCCUCUUGAGAAAACCGGUAAGGAAGCUUGAUAUUUUCCUUCAUUUUCUUGUUCAAAAACCAGAUUUGAACCCAGAAAUCUCUCCCCCCCUGCAAGAAGCUUCCGGAUCUGCUCUGCUCUUCCCUCUGUUGUCCGUCGGCUUCAGCUUGUGGGUGCGGAAUUUUGGGCAUUUUUAGAAUUUUCCUUGCAAAUUCCCGUCAGCAACCCCCCCUGCAGCUCCGGUUUCUACAGCUGGAGAAUUAUGGUAUGUGACAGCCUUUUAAGGCUUAAAUUGUUCAUUUAGUUUGCUGGCUGUGUUGUCCGAAUUGUGCUGGAAAAAUGAGGGAAUUCCGGUAGCUUUAGGAUGAGAUUUAAGCACUAAUUCAAGUGGGUUUUUGUUUAAUUUAAGUGUAAAUUGAUUGAGUGUUAAUUGACUGCUGUGAUUUUUGGAGAGAAAAUCCCGUGGAAUUAGUUAGUGUUUUGGCCAAUUUUGGAAGUGCAGUAACUGUUCACGGCACUGUUUGUGGCACUGUUCACGAGCACUGUUCAUUCACCGAGGGUCAACAAUUAACCGGGAUUUAAAUGUUUAGUUUGUGAUAUAAGAACAAAUGUGAAGAUCGAUAGAAAUAGCAUCGUGAUUAGAGGUGAUCCUAAUGAAGUUUCCACCUUGAAUUUGUGAUAGUAUAGAAUUAAUUCUUGGAUAUUUUGAUUAGGUUCUUGAUCGUUCUGUUAGUUUAGCACCGAGAUCAGGUUUUCAGUUUUAUGUGAGUGAGUGGUGGUGGGACUAAACUCGUUUUACACAAGUAUGAUCGAUUGAAGUGAAAUUUUAUACUUUUCAUUAAAUUGAGCAUGCCUACUUGGAAUUUAAUUGAUUGUCCUGAUGAUCUGAAAGUGAUUGGUGAAUUAUGUUUUUCUGUUAACUUCAGCCUGUUUUAUCUCCGAUGUGGUCAUGUUUCUGUAAUCCUGCUAGUGGGGGUUAAACGCUAGCACACGUCGGCACAUGUCGAUAUGUUAUUGAUGAUCCUGCUAGUGGGGGUUAAACGCUAGCACAUGUCGGCACAUGUCGAUAUGUUAUUGAUAGAACCGGUUCGUUUCUGUAACCUUGCUAGUGGGGGUUAUACACUAGUAAUUUCUGUAGCCUGUCAGUGGGAGGUU